GGGCGAAUCGACAGGAUGACGGGCGAGGACGGGAAGCGCGGUGGCGGCACCGGCGACGUUACGACCGGGGCGAACAUGAACACGAACGUCACCGACAACGCCAAUAACGUUAACGCCAACGUUAACGCCAACAUAAACGUCAGCCAGCAGAACGGCGGCCCGGAAAAGGCCCCCGUGGUCGGCGGCACCAAUGUGGAGACGCUGCCGCGCGCCGGGAAGCAGAGUGACCCCAGUACCGCAUUUUUACGAGCAGCUCGCGCCGGACAGCUCGAGAAGGUCUUGGAAUACUUGGAGUCUGGAGUGGAUAUCAACGCUUCUAAUGCCAAUGGCUUGAACGCUUUGCACCUGGCAGCUAAGGACGGCCACUUGGAAAUCGUGAGAGAACUCCUAAAUCGCGGCGCGAUUGUGGACGCCGCUACCAAAAAGGGAAACACGGCAUUGCACAUAGCUUCUCUUGCUGGACAAGAGGAGGUUGUACAAUUGCUGGUACAACGAGGUGCUUCUGUGAAUGCACAAUCGCAAAAUGGGUUCACGCCGCUGUACAUGGCUGCCCAGGAGAACCAUGACUCCGUGGUCAAGUACCUCCUCAGCAAGGGUGCGAAUCAAACAUUGGCCACCGAGGAUGGUUUCACUCCGUUGGCGGUGGCUAUGCAACAGGGUCACGACAAAGUAGUGGCUGUUCUGUUAGAAAAUGACACUCGCGGUAAAGUUCGACUGCCUGCCCUACACAUCGCCGCUAAGAAAGACGACUGCAAGGCGGCUGCCCUACUUUUACAAAACGACCAUAAUCCCGAUGUAACAUCGAAAAGCGGUUUCACCCCGCUUCACAUAGCCGCGCAUUAUGGCAACGACCGAAUCGCUUCCUUGCUUUAUGACAGAGGCGCGGAUGUUAAUUUCGCGGCGAAGCACAAUAUCACACCGAUGCACGUGGCGGCGAAAUGGGGGAAGAUAAAAAUGGUUAAUCUCCUCAUGAGCAAGGGAGCAAACAUCGAAGCGAAAACGAGGGAUGGUCUAACUCCUCUCCACUGCGCGGCCAGGUCCGGUCACCACGAAGUAGUUGAUAUUCUCAUCGAAAAGGGUGCACCCAUUGGCUCAAAGACAAAGAAUGGUCUUGCCCCGUUGCACAUGGCUUCUCAAGGGGAUCACGUUGACGCCGCGAGAAUUUUGUUGUACCACCGUGCACCCGUGGACGAAGUGACAGUGGACUAUUUGACUGCGCUGCAUGUGGCCGCACACUGCGGCCACGUACGCGUAGCUAAACUACUCCUCGACAGGAACGCCGAUCCCAAUGCGCGAGCGCUCAAUGGAUUUACUCCUCUUCACAUCGCAUGCAAGAAGAAUCGUAUAAAGGUCGUCGAACUCCUCCUGAAGCACAAGGCGAGCAUCGAAGCCACGACUGAGUCUGGAUUAACUCCACUGCACGUAGCAAGUUUUAUGGGAUGUAUGAAUAUCGUGAUUUACUUAUUACAACACGAGGCCAGCCCCGAUAUACCGACAGUAAGAGGUGAAACGCCAUUACACUUAGCUGCCAGGGCGAACCAAACUGAUAUUAUUAGGAUACUUCUUAGAAACGGCGCCCAAGUCGACGCUAGAGCAAGAGAGGAACAGACACCGCUUCACGUUGCUUCCCGCUUGGGUAACGUCGAUAUUGUGAUGUUACUGCUGCAGCAUGGUGCGGGCGUAGAUGCUACAACGAAGGAUUUAUAUACACCGCUUCAUAUCGCUGCUAAAGAAGGCCAGGAGGAGGUUGCAUCCGUUUUAUUAGAAAAUAACGCCUCUCUUACCGCAACGACCAAGAAAGGAUUUACUCCCUUGCAUUUAGCGGCCAAGUAUGGUAAUAUGAACGUAGCACGGUUGUUGCUACAAAAGAAUGCGCCUGUUGACGCUCAAGGAAAGAACGGGGUAACGCCUCUUCAUGUAGCUUCUCAUUACGAUCAUCAAAACGUGGCUUUACUUUUACUCGAUAAGGGAGCUUCACCACAUGCGAUGGCUAAGAAUGGCCAUACACCAUUGCAUAUCGCUGCACGCAAAAAUCAGAUGGACAUUGCGACUACUUUGCUAGAAUACGGAGCGAAAGCUAACGCAGAAUCAAAGGCUGGUUUCACGCCGUUGCAUUUGAGCGCACAAGAAGGCCAUACUGAUAUGUCAACCCUUCUUAUCGAGCAUAAAGCAGACACGAAUCACAAAGCGAAGAAUGGCCUUACGCCUCUACAUUUAUGCGCACAAGAAGAUAAAGUCAACGUCGCCUCCAUUCUUAUGAAGAAUGGUGCUCAAAUCGACGCUAAAACUAAGGCUGGAUAUACGCCAUUGCACGUGGCGUCUCAUUUUGGUCAGGCAGCUAUGGUACGAUUCCUCCUGAGAUCUGGUGCUGCCGUUGACAGCAGCACCAACGCUGGCUAUACUCCUCUCCAUCAAGCAGCGCAACAAGGGCACACGCUUGUUAUUAACCUGCUGUUGGAAAGUAAAGCUAAACCGAAUGCCGUAACUAACAAUGGACAGACCGCUCUGGAUAUCGCACAAAAACUGGGCUACAUAAGUGUCAUCGAAACGCUGAAAGUUGUCACAGAGACUGUCAUCACCACAACACAUACCGUCACCAUUGAAGAGAAAUACAGAGUUCAGGCACCCGAAUCCAUGCAGGAGACAUUUAUGAGUGACAGCGAAGACGAGGGCGGUGGUGAUGAAAUCGGCACGGCAGCCAUGAAUGUGUACGGGCAGCCUCCGCACGCGCAACACGUGUACCUUCCUUCUUACUACCAGGGCCAAAUGACCUAUACCCGUGAAGAUCCGAUGCUCAGCGACCAACAGCAGUACCGAUACAUGACUGUUGACGACAUGAAGUCCAUGGGAGACGACUCGAUGCGCCUGAACGUGACUGACGACGAGAGAGAUAAUCGACAUUCCGGAGCGCCAACCAUAACAGAGAUGAUUACGAAAGAACAUUAUCAGCGUACAAACGCGGCCAAUCUUAAGCCAGACAAUGUAGACAUCAACAGGCAUCCUGUGCAUGUCGGCGAGUCCCUAGAGUCCCUAUGCACCUCGCUGGCAGCUCUCAGUACCGCACCGAAAGGACAAGGAAUGUGGAGGGACAGCUUCCUGGUUUCCUUCUUGGUGGACGCGAGGGGCGGUGCGAUGCGCGGAUGCAGGCACAGCGGCGUCCGCGUGAUUGUUCCACCGCGUAAGGCCGCGAUGCCUAUGCGCGUCACGUGCAGAUAUUUGAGGAGAGAAAAAUUGACCAACCCGCCACCCUUGAUGGAGGGAGAAGCGUUAGCCAGCCGCAUCCUCGAAUUGGGUCCUGUGGGUGCGAAAUUCCUGGGCCCUGUUAUCAUCGAGGUGCCACAUUUUGCGUCGCUACGCGGAAAGGAACGGGAAAUAGUGAUUCUACGAUCGGACAACGGGGAGACUUGGCGCGAGCACACCUUGGAAGCUAGCGAGGAGGCUGUCCAGGAUGUGCUUAACGAGAGCUUUGAGGGUGAAGAGCUAAGCCAGCUAGAAGAUCUCCAGACGUCUCGUAUCGUGAGGAUACUCACUGUAGAUUUCCCACAUUACUUCGCGGUGGUAACUCGUAUCCGGCAGGAGGUCCACGCGGUUGGCCCCGAAGGCGGCACCGUGUCGUCGUCCGCUGUACCACAAGUACAAGCUGUCUUCCCGCAAGCGGCCCUUACUAAAAAAAUCAGAGUCGGUCUGCAGGCGCAUCCUAUACCGGCGGAUCUCGUGGCGAAGUUACUCGGAAACAGAGUAGCCGUGUCGCCCAUCGUUACCGUCGAGCCGAGACGAAGGAAGUUCCACAAGCCGAUAACUUUAACUAUUCCAGUACCACAGGCGGCCAAUAAAGGCAUGAUCAAUCAGUAUUCCGGAGACGCGCCGACUCUGAGACUGCUGUGCAGCAUAACUGGGGGUCAGACUCGGGCAGUCUGGGAGGAUGUCACAGGCUCGACGCCGUUGACCUUUGUGAAAGAUUGCGUCUCCUUCACCACCACAGUUUCCGCCCGCUUCUGGUUGAUGGACUGCCGUAACGUUCUCGACGCCACAAAAAUGGCCACGGAUCUCUACACGCACGCAACACACGUGCCUUUCAUGGCUAAGUUCGUAGUGUUUGCGAAACGGAUAGAUCCAUUGGAAGCGAGACUGCGUGUGUUCUGUAUGACGGACGACAAAGAGGACAAAACUUUGGAGCACCAGGAACAUUUCACGGAAGUUGCAAAAAGUAGAGACGUUGAGGUUCUUGAAGGAAAACCGCAAUAUAUGGAAUUUUCGGGAAAUCUCGUACCUGUUCUGAAAACUGGUGAACAGCUGGAGCUAGGGUUCAAAGGUUUCAAGGAAAAUAGAGUUCCGUUCACGGCGAGAAUAAAAGAUCCGGAUGCCGCGGAUAUGAUGGGUCGAAUCAUGUUUAUGGGCGAACCCAAGGUUCCGAGGGGUGAACUGCCGCAAACGCCAAUAUGCACGCUAAACAUUUUGCUACCGGAAAAGAUUUCCCCGGAUACUGCGAUCUCCGAGCUCGAUUUAUUGGAAUUGUCGAAGAACUACAGUUUCCUACGCGAUGGUGGAAUAAGCAGACCAGAUGCUAUACACAGAGCGACUAUCCGUUUAACAGACAUCGCUAAUCUAUUGGAUAAAGAUUGGGAAUCAUUAGCGGAAGAGUUGAAUAUCCCAUCCAACGACGUGGCCCUAAUAAAACAAGAAUACCCUGACAAACCUGCGCAACAGGCCGCUGCCAUGUUCAAAAUCUGGCAAAACAGUGGAAACAAAGCCACAGGAAACACAUUGGAAAAGGCUCUGAAUAAAAUUGGACGAGAAGAUAUAGUGAAUAAAUGUAUCUUCAAUGUUGAGUUAGUGACUGACGACGUUGAAAAAGCUGUGGCGAGAGUCAGACUGGAUCAGCCAGGAUUUGAUUCAUUGAAGGAGGAAUUGGGGCCAUCGAGAAACACGUCACUUCGCCGUGAUGCAACUAUGGAUCCUAAGAUGGACCCUGAUUACGAAGAGCCUGAUAGAAUGAAGGACUCUGAAUCAAUCGAGGAUCUCAGUAUCACACGCGAUAAACCCAAAGAGCACAUCACAAUCACAAACGGCACUGUAUUCAACGGAACCUCGACCCCCAUCAAAGACAAAUACGCGAGCGACGAGAAAGAGCUCGGCGACAUGAUGGCUGAUUACCUUGAGCACAAAUGCCACUCGACCGACACGAUGAGCAAAAAGUCGCGCGACGAACUGGACGAUCCGGAGAAAAAACGCCAGAAAGCGAUCGCCGAUGCCAACAAGAUAGUCUCUGGUGUAAUAGCAGACGCUGAGAAAGAGAAGGGGAAGUUAGCGAAGGAAGGGUGGUCGGUGGUUUGUGAUGAUGACGCGCGGGACAGUAAAGAGGCGCGGGGUGCGUUAGGUCAAACUGUAAUUAACGUUCACUUAGAUCAAACGGCUGUCGAGCCGAAAGGUUUCGUUCCCAAAUCGGAGGAAGUCCCUAGUAUCGAGCCGCCGAUGAUUAAGCAGCGUCGCGGUGGGACGCCGGAUCCCAAAGUUAGCACUUCGAAAACAGUAGUUUCCGUUAGUGGCGAUCAGAAAGUAGGUCAGACGAUAGUUACUAAAACUACACUAGUAAAACAUACACCGACUAAGACCGUGACCACGAAAGAAACGGUAAUCGUUUCCCCCGAUAAAAAAGACGUUGUCAGUGAGAAGGAGAAACUGUCUAAGGAGGGUAAGGAAGUUGACGAAAAGUUAGCUCAGGGUGCGGAUGUUACGCGAAAGACAGUAAAGGUAGAAACUGUAGUCCGAACUGAUCAGAAGAAGCCAGACGCGAAAACUUCCGCGGACAAGGAUAAAAAUAAAGACAAGGAAAAGGAUAAAGAUACGAAGACUGUAAAAACAUCGGCUUAUGAGGAUGUUUACAGCGUGCAGCAUGCGGCAGACAGCACGGAAGAAAAAUCAGACGAAGAGACGAAGAAAACGAAGGAUAAAAGCGGCGGAAUAUUUGCGGGAAUUUUCAAAGGCUCCAAAUUGAAGAGAGGCAAGAAAGGUUCGAAGGAUACGUCCUUUGACAGUGGCGAUGAAGAGUCGAAGGCUGUUCUAACAAAAGUCUCAGAACAGCAGCCAGAACUUCCUUCUAGCGAAGUGACGGACUCGCAUUUUGACAGCAGACUACCGGAAAUCACAAUCGCACCUAAUGUGAGAUUGGCUACCGCGGAAUUUUUGGAGGAUUCCAGACGAAUCGCUGCGGGCAUGCAUGCACCUUACGAAGGUCUUGCCAAGCCAGCGGAGAAAGAAGACAAGAAAGCAGAGGCUGCCGAGAGUGACGAUGACGGCAAAGACAAAACGGGCUUCUUCUCGAGUCUAUUCAAGAGUAAAUCUAAAAAGGACGAAGAUGGAUCCGUACCUGCUAUUCACGUCGAGAAACCUAAAGAGAGUACAGAACAAAUCGCGAAGAAAGAGAAGAAAAAGCUAGCAGCAAUCGCGAAAGAAAACGAGGAUCUGCUAGAACUACAAAUGAAGGAAAAGGAAAAAGAGGCAGAAGCUUCUAAAAUUGUUGAAGUGCCUAGUGUAAUUGAAAAAGAAGCGGAGAAGACUACGAAGACCGGCGCAAAAAUCAUCGAAGUUACUAAAAGCAAACCAGAUGAAAAGAUCGUUGCGCCAAAGGAUGAGCAGGCACCCAGUAAGGAUGAUGAAAAGGAAGAAGAUCAAGUAAAGGAGAAGGGCGGCUUCUUUGGCAUCUUCAGAAGUCCAAAGUCCAAGGACAAGAAACUCGCCAAAUCGAAAGAAACGUCCCUCGACAGCGGCGAUGAGGAAAUCAGAGCCGUGACAGAGAAGCUUUUGGAUGACACGCGAAAGGCUGCUGACAUUAGCGCAUUACCGAUCGUGUACAAAAGCGAUGAUGCAAAAAUUACUCCCAAAGAAGAAGUACGCACUUUCGUAUCGAGCACUCAUUACGAUGCUGAUACGCCUGCAGAUAAAAUCGGUAAAUCUUACGAUGUUGUUCAAUCUACAAUGAAAAUCGAGAAGAUUAUACACGAAGAGGUAAACGGAAAAACGGAUGUUGACAAAGAGAAAGUUCAAAAGGACCAGAAAAAGGACGCUGAAAAAUCUGCUGCAGAGAUAAAAUCCGAGACGCCAGAGCCAAAAGCACCCGAAACAGAAAAAGAGUCAGGCGAAGAUUUUAAAGAAAAAGGCGGCUUUUUUGGCAUGUUUAAGAGCCCGAAAUUGAAGAGUAAGAAGAGAAGUAGAUCCCGAGAGCAGAGUUCUUCGAAGGAGACUUCUUUCGAUAGCGGAGACGAGGAAGUUCGAUUGGCAACGGCGAAACUUCUGGAAGAUACGAGACAGAUGGCGGAGAACCUCCAACAGCAACUUGGAGAAAAGAUAUCGGAGAGUGUUACCAAAACUCCGCCUAUAGACGAGGAAAUGAAAAAAUCUAUUAUUCCUGAGAAUGAAGUUGUCGAAAAGGAAAAAGGCGGCAUUUUCGGUAUAUUUAGAAGUCCUAAGCAAGGAAGGAGUUCCAGAUCGAGGAGUAGGUCUAAAGAGAAGACACCGUCACUCGAAUUGCCGGACAGUAGCCACGACGAAUUACGAGAAGCGACUGCAAAAUUCCUGGAGGAUUCACGGAAUAUGGCAAAUAUAAUGAGCGAAUUAGAGUCUAAAGAUAAAGCUUCAACUGAAGCGAAAGAUAAGGAAGACAAGUUGGCAACGGAGAUAAAGAAAAUUGAACAGAAUAUCGUAAUUACAACAGAAGCCGAUAAAGCCAUCAAGGACGGUAAAGACGCUAUAAUCAAAAAGGUGGAGGAAAAAACACGUGACGUCGUCGACAGCGCUGAAGCUGCAAAAGACAAAGCAACUAAGGAAACAAAGAAGGCAAAAGAGAAAGGAUCAGGCUUCCUAUCGGGAAUAUUCAAAGGCGCGAAACACGCCGUGGAAGAUGCUACAGACGACGUUAAAGAAUUCUUGGAUGAGACGAAGAAAGAAGCGGAAAUGGAAGAAGAACGCAUCAAAGAGAAAGCUACUGCGGAACAAAAAGAUCUGAAAGACAAAAAAGAUACUAUCGUCAGUGGAGUGCAAGAAGCAGUAGAUAAACCAAAAGAUGCAAAGGAUAAAAAAGUUGCUGUUGUAAAAGACAAAAAGGAUAAAGUUGUCAAGCAAGUAUCUAAAGAUACGCAGGAAAUUGUUGAGACCACGACAGGCACCGGUAAAAAAGUAGCAGCAGAAACGAAAAAAAUUGGUGAACAAAUAGAAGAUACCGUAGCCGAUGUAACACGAGCUGCUAAAGAUACUAAAGAUGCAGCAGAAAAAGAAAUAAAGGAGGAUACAAAGAUAGUAAAAGAAAAACUGACUGCAGGUGCUGAGGUAGCCGCAGAAACUGUCGAUGGCACAAAAGAAAAAGCUACAAAAGAAGCGAAGAAAGCUAAAGAAAAAACAACUGGUUUCUUUUCCGGCAUUUUCAAAGGCGCAAAACACACUGUAGAAGAUGCAACAGAUGACGUUAAAGAAUUUCUGGACGAGACGAAGAAAGAAGCUGAAAUGGAAGAAGAACGUGCUAAAGAAAAGGCUGCUGCGGAACUGAAAGAUCUGAAAGAUAAAAAAGAUGCAGUUGUUAGUGAAGUUCACGAAGCUCUAGAUAAGGCGAAAGAUACAAAAGACAAAACAGUCUCUGCAGUAAAAGAUAAAAAGGAUAAAGUUGUCAAGGAAGUAUCCAAAGAUGCGCAUAAAGUUGCCGAUACUACGAAAGCAGCUGGUGAGAAAGUAGCAGCAGAAACAAAGAAAAUCGGCGAAAAGGUAGGAGACACCGCUGCAGACAUUGCACAAGCUGCUAAAGAUACGAAAGAUGCAGCAGUGAAAGAGAUAAAGGAAGAUACAAAAAUAGCAAAAGAAAAAUUAGCAGCAGGCGCUGACGCAGCUGCGGAAGCUGUGGACGGUGCAAAGGAUAAAGCAUCGAAAGAAGCGAAAAAGGCUAAGGAGAAAACAGGUGGCUUCUUUUCCGGGAUAUUUAAAGGCGCGAAACACGCCGUAGAAGAUGCAACAGACGACGUCAAAGAAUUCUUGGAUGAAACAAAGAAAACAGCUGAAAUGGAAGAAGAACGUGCCAAGGAAAAGGCUGCUGCGGAACUGAAAGAUCUGAAAGAUAAAAAAGAUGCAGUUGUUAGUGAAGUCCAAGAAGCUCUAGAUAAGGCGAAAGAUGCAAAAGACAAAACAGUCUCUGCAGUAAAAGACAAAAAGGAUAAAGUUGCCGAGGAAAUCUCCAAAGAUGCGCAGAAAGUUGCCGACACUACAAAAGUCGCCGGUGAGAAAGUAGCAGAAGCAACAAAGAAAAUCGGUGAAAAGAUAGGAGAUACUGCGGCAGACGUUGCACAAGCUGCUAAAGAUACUAAAGAUGCAACAGUUAAAGAGAUAAAGGAAGAUACAAAAAUAGCGAAAGAAAAAUUAGCGGCAGGUGCUGAAGCAGCUGCAGAAGCUGUAGAUAGUGCAAAAGAUAAAGCAUCGAAAGAAGCGAAAAAAGCUAAGGAGAAAACAGGUGGCUUCUUUUCCGGGAUAUUUAAGGGUGCGAAGCACUCUGUAGAAGAUGCGACAGACGACGUCAAAGAAUUCUUGGAUGAAACGAAGAAAGAAGCUGAAAUGGAAGAAGAACGUGCCAAGGAAAAGGCUGCUGCCGAACUGAAAGAUCUGAAAGACAAAAAAGAUGCAGUUGUUAGUGAAGUUCAAGAAGCUCUAGAUAAGGCGAAAGAUGCAAAAGACAAAACAGUCUCUGCAGUAAAAGACACAAAGGAUAGAACAGUCUCUGCAGUAAAAGACGCAAAGGAUAAAAUUGUCGAGGAAGUAUCUAAAGAUGCGCAGAAAGUUACCGACACCACAAAAGCCGCCGGUGAGAAAGUAGCAGAAAAAACAAAGAAAAUCGGCGAUAAGAUAGGAGAUACCGCGGCAGACGUUGCACAAGCUGCUAAAGAUACUAAAGAUGCAGCAGUGAAAGAGAUAAAGGAAGAUACAAAAAUAGCAAAAGAAAAAUUAGCAGCAGGCGCUGACGCAGCUGCGGAAGCUGUGGACGGUGCAAAGGAUAAAGCAUCGAAAGAAGCGAAAAAAGCUAAGGAGAAAACAGGUGGCUUCUUUUCCGGGAUAUUUAAGGGCGCGAAACACGCCGUAGAAGAUGCGACAGACGACGUCAAAGAAUUCUUGGAUGAAACGAAGAAAGAAGCUGAAAUGGAAGAAGAACGUGCCAAAGAAAAGGCUGUUGCGGAACUGAAAGAUCUGAAAGAUAAAAAAGAUGCAGUUGUUAGUGAAGUUCAAGAAGCUCUAGAUAAAGCGAAAGAUGCGAAAGAUAAAACAGUCUCUGCAGUAAAAGAUAAAAAGGAUAAAGUUGUCAAGCAAGUAUCAAAAGAUGCGCAUAAAGUUGCCGAUACUACGAAAGCAGCUGGUGAGAAAGUAGCAGCAGAAACUAAGAAAAUUGGCGAAAAGGUAGGAGACACCGCUGGAGAUAUUGCACAAGCUGCUCAAGAUACUAAAGAUGCAGCAGUUAAAGAGAUAAAGGAAGAUACAAAAAUAGCGAAAGAAAAAUUAGCAGCAGGCGCUGACGCAGCUGCAGAAGCUGUGGACGAUGCAAAGGAUAAAGCGACGAAAGAAGCCAAAAAAGCUAAAGAGAAAACAACUGGUUUCUUCUCCGGAAUUUUCAAAGGCGCGAAACACGCUGCUGAAGAUGUAUCCGACGUAUCUGAUGACGUAAAGAAAUUUUUGGACGAGACCAGAAGAGGAGCUUCUUUAGAAAAGGAACGUGCUGAGGAAGAAGUUGCUGCUAGUCUUAAAGACCUAAAGGAUACAAAAGACACAGUCGUAAGCGAAGUUCAUCAAGUCACAGAUGUAGCUCUCACUGAUGUAAAAGAAGCCAAAGAUAAAACCGUUUCCGCGGUAAAAGAUAAGAAAGAUAAAAUUGUGAAAGAACUUUCGACGGAUGCCCACAAAGUUGCUGAUACAACAAAAGCAGCCGGCGAGAAAGUAGCAGCGGAAGCUAAGAAAGUCGGUGAGAAGAUAGAAAAAACUACGAUGGAUAUUGCACAAGCUGCUAAGGACACUAAAGAUGCUGCGGUUAAAGAAAUAAAAGAGGAUACGAAAUUAAGUAAAGAAAAACUAGCAGCAGGAGCCGAUGCUGCUGCAGAAGCUGUGGAUAGUACGAAAGAUAAAGCGACGAAACAAGCAAAGAAAGCUAAGGAAAAAACAACUGGUUUCUUCUCUGGCAUUUUCAAAGGAGCGAAGCACGCCGUAGAAGAAACGACUGAGGAUGUUAAAGAAUUUAUGGAUGAGACUAAGAAGGAAGCUGCGUUGGAAGAAGAACGUGCUAAAGAACAAAUUGCUUCGGAUCUAAAAGAUCUGAAAGACAGAAAAGAUACUGUCGUUGGUGAAGUUCAAGAAGCUGUAGAUAAAGCUGUUGAUAAAGUAAAAGAUGUAAAGGAUAAAACAGUGUCCGCAGUGAAAGACAAGAAAGAUGGAAUUGUCGAGGAAAUUUCCAAAGAUACACAGAAAGUUGCAGACACUACGAAAGCGGCCAGUGAAAAAGUAGCAGCAGAAACGAAGAAAGUCGGUGAAAAGAUAGAAGACACCGCUGCAGACAUUGCGCAAGCUGCCAAGGAUACUAAAGAUGUAGCAGUUAAAGAAGUGAAAAAGGACACGAAGAAAAUAAAAGAGAAAUUGACAGCAGAUGCUAGUGCUGUUGCAGAAGCUGCGGAAGGUGCAAAAGAUAAAGCAACAAAGGAAGCAAAGAAGGCGAAAGAAAAAACCAGUGGUUUUCUUUCUGGCAUAUUUAAAGGCGCGAAACACAGCGUAGACGAUACAACUGACGAUGUUAAAGAAUUUUUGGAUGAAACAAAAAGAGAAGCAUCAUUAGAAAAAGAAAGAAUGAAAGAAGAAGGUGCCGCAGAUCUUAAGGAUUUGAAGGACAGAAAAGAUGCUGUCGUUGCAGGAAUUCAAGAAACCACAGAUAAAGCUAUCUCCGAUGCAAAGAAUGUGAAGGAUAAAACAGUUGCUACUAUAAAAGACAAAAAGGAUAAAGUUGCCGAGGAAAUCUCCAAAGAUGCGCAGAAAGUUGCCGACACUACAAAAGCCGCCGGUGAGAAAGUAGCAGAAGCAACAAAGAAAAUCGGUGAAAAGAUAGGAGAUACUGCGGCAGACGUUGCACAAGCUGCUAAAGAUACUAAAGAUGCAACAGUUAAGGAGAUAAAGGAAGAUACAAUAAUAGCGAAAGAAAAAUUAGCAGCAGGAGCUGACGCGGCUGCAGAAGCUGUGGACGGUGCAAAGGAUAAAGCAUCGAAAGAAGCGAAAAAAGCUAAGGAGAAAACAGGUGGCUUCUUUUCCGGGAUAUUUAAGGGUGCAAAACACGCCGUAGAAGAUACGACAGACGAUGUCAAAGAAUUCUUGGAUGAAACGAAGAAAGAAGCUGAAAUGGAAGAAGAGCGUGCCAAGGAAAAGGCUGCUGCGGAACUGAAAGAUCUGAAAGACAAAAAAGAUGCAGUUGUUAGUGAAGUACAAGAAGCUGUAGAUAAAGCGAAAGAUGCGAAAGAUAAAACAGUCUCUGCAGUAAAAGAUAAAAAGGAUAAAGUUGUCAUGCAAGUAUCAAAAGAUGCGCAUAAAGUUGCCGAUACUACGAAAGCAGCUGGUGAGAAAGUAGCAGCAGAAACAAAGAAAAUCGGCGAAAAGGUAGGAGACACCGCUGCAGACAUUGCACAAGCUGCUAAAGAUACUAAAGAUGCAGCAGUUAAAGAGAUAAAGGAAGAUACAAAAAUAGCAAAAGAAAAAUUAGUAGCAGGCGCUGACGCAGCUGCGGAAGCUGUGGACGGUGCAAAGGAUAAAGCGACGAAAGAAGCGAAGAAAGCUAAAGAAAAAACAACUGGUUUCUUCUCCGGAAUCUUCAAAGGCGCGAAACACGCCGUAGAGGAUGCGACAGAAGACGUUAAAGAAUUCUUGGAUGAAACGAAGAAAGAAGCUGAACAGGAAGAAGAACGUAUCAAAGAGAAAGCAGCUGCGGAACUAAAAGAUCUGAAAGACAAAAAAGAUACAGUCGUCAGUGAAGUACAGGAAACUGUAGAUAAAGCGAAAGAUACAAAAGAUAAAGCAGCUUCUGCGGUAAAAGACAAAAAGGAUAAAAUUGUCAAGCAAGUGUCACAAGAUGCACAUAAAAUUGCCGAUACUACGAAAGCAGCUGGUGAGAAAGUAGUAGCAGAAACAAAGAAAAUCGGCGAAAAGGUAGGAGACACCGCUGCAGACGUUGCACAAGCUGCUAAAGAUACUAAAGAUGCAGCAGUUAAAGAGAUAAAGGAAGAUACAAAAAUAGCGAAAGAAAAAUUAGCAGCAGGUGCCGACGCAGCCGCAGAAGCUGCGGACAGUGCUAAAGAUAAAGCAACGAAAGAGGCGAAAAAGGCGAAAGAAAAAACAAGUGGUUUCUUUUCCGGUAUAUUCAAAGGUGCGAAACACACUGCAGAAGAGGUAUCUGAAGAUGUAAAGGAGCAUGUAAGCGACACGAAAAAGGAAGCUGCUGAUAAAUUGGAGGAGAUAAAACGGAAGAAGGACGAUGCAGUACAUGGUGCUAAGGAUAUCGCGGACAAAGCUAUUGAGGAUGCGAAAGAUGCCAAGGAUAAAACAGUUUCUUCUAUGAGAGAUACAAAAGAUAAGCUGACAGAUACGGCUGCCAAAGGUAUAGACAAAGCUGCACAUGAUUUGAAAACAGCUCAUGAUGACGUAGUCACAAAGACCAAGGAAGUAGCUGAAAAAGUACAAACUUCCGUGGCAGAUGUGGGACGUGAUGCGAAGGAUACUAAAGAUGCAGUUAUUGCGGAAGUAAAAGAAGAUGCUAAAGUUAUAAAGGAAAAGUUAACUGCCACAGCUGAAUCUGUUUCAGAUUCUGCAGAAGUUACUAAAGAUAAGGCUAGUAAAGAAGCGAAAAAAGCUAAGGAUAAGGCUAGUGGCUUUUUUUCGGGAAUAUUUAGAGGAUCGAAACAUUCCGUUGAUAGCGCAGUGGAUGAUGUAAAAGAGUUCCUGGACGAAACGAGAAAGGAAGCAGCUUUAGAACAAGCACACGCUAAAGAGGCAGCGGAAGCUGAACUCAAAGAUCUGAAACACAAGACUGACAGUAUGGUUGCUGACACAAAAGAAGCAAAGGAUCGUGUCACUGACAAAAUAGGUGAUCAAAUCGAGAAGACCAUUGACGCCACUAAAGCGACAGGCGAGAAAGUAAUUACAGAUACUAAGCACGUUGUUGAUGAUGUCACGCAAGGUGUUGCAGAUGCUAAGGAUAGCGUGGUGAAGGAAGUGAAAGAAGAUGUACAAGCAGCAAAGGAGAAAAUCAAAGCAAGCGGUGAUACUAUUCAAGAAAGUGCUGCGACUAUGAAAGACAAAAUAACUAAGGAAUCAAAGAAAGCUAAGGAAAAAGGUAGCGGUUUCCUUUCAGGAAUAUUUAAGAGUGCAAAGCAUGCUGCAGACGAAGUAUCUGAUGAGGUAAAAGAAUUUGUAGACGAGACGAAGAAGGAAGCCGAAAAGGAAGAAGAACGUGUCAAAGAAAAGGCUGCUGCGGGACUAAAAGACAUGAAAGACAAAAAAGAUACUAUCGUCAGUGAAGUUCAAGAAGCCGUAGAUAAAGCAAAAGAUACUAAGGAUAAAACAGUCUCUGCAGUAAAAGAUACAAAGGAUAAAAUGGUCGAGGAAGUGUCUAAAGAUAUGCAGAAAGUUGCAGACACCACGAAAGCCGCCGGUGAGAAAGUAGUACAAGAAACAAAGAAAAUCGGCGAAAAAAUAGACGAUACCGCGACAGACGUUGCACAAGCUGUUAAAGAUACUAAAGAUGCAACAGUUAAAGAGGUAAAGAAAGAUACAAAAAUAGCAAAAGAAAAAUUAGCAGCAGGUGCUGACGUAGCUGCAGAAGCUGUAGAUAGUGUAAAAGAUAAAGCAUCAAAAGAAGCGAAGAAAGCUAAGGAGAAAACAGGUGGUUUCUUUUCCGGGAUAUUUAAGGGCGCAAAACACGCAGUAGAAGAUACCACAGACGACGUUAAAGAAUUCUUGGACGAAACGAAGAAAGAAGCUGAAAUGGAAGAAGAACGUGUCAAAGAAAAAGCUGCUGCGGGGUUGAAAGAUUUGAAAGACAAAAAAGAUGCAGUUGUUAGUGAAGUUCAAGAAGUUGUAGAUAAGACAAAAGAUGUAAAAGAUAAAACAGUUGCCGCUGUAAAAGACAAAAAGGAUAAAGUUGUUGAGGCAAUAUCCAAAGAUGCGCAGAAAGUUGCCGACACCACGAAAACCGCCGGUGAGAAAAUAGCAGAGGAAACAAAGAAAAUCGGUGAAAAGAUAGGAGACACCGCUGCGGACGUUGCACAAGCUGCUAGAGAUACUAAAGAUGCAGCAGUUAAAGAAGUAGAAGACGAUACAAAAUUAGUGAAAGAGAAAUUGAUUGCAGGUGUUGAUGCUGCUUCAGAAGCUGCAGACAGUGCAAAGGAAAAAACGACAAAGGAAGCGAAGAAAGCUAAAGAGAAAACAACUGGUUUCUUCUCUGGCAUCUUCAAAGGUACGAAACAUGCUGUAGAAGAUGCGACAGACGAUGUUAAAGAAUUCUUGGAUGAGACAAAGAAAGAAGCUGAAAAGGAAGAAAAACAUGCCAAAGAGAAGGUCACUACAGGAUUGAAGGAUCUAAAGGAUAAGAAGGAUGCUAUUACAACCGAAGUUCAAGAAAGUGCUGACCAAGCCAUUGCUGAUGUGAAAGAUGCGAAAGAUAAAACAAUUUCUGCUGUCAAAGAUAAAAAGGAUAAAAUUGAAGAGAAGGUUUCGAAGGAUGCUGAGAAAGUUGCCGAUAUGACGAAAGCUGUAGGUGAAAAAGUAGAAGCAGAAACAAAGAAAGUCGGUGAAAAGAUAGAAGAGAUUGCGCAGGCUGCUAAAGGCACUAAAGAUGCAGCGGUUAAAGAAGUGAAGGAGGAUACAAAAAAAGUUAAAGAAAAAUUAGCUGCAAGUGCUGAUGCCGUUGCGGAAGGUGCGGAUGGCAUAAAAGAUAAAGCCACAAAAGAAGCUAAAAAAGCAAAGGAAAAGACAGGUCGUUUCUUUUCUGGCAUAUUUAAAGGGGGAAAGCACGCCGUAGAAGACACAACUGAUGACGUUAAGAAAUUUUUGGAAGAAGCAAAACGAGAAGCUUCAUUAGAAAAGGAACGUGCUGCGGAAGAAGUUGCCACAGGUCUCAAAGAUUUGAAGGAUAAGCAAGACGCUAUUGUUACUGGAGUUCAAGAGGCCGCAGACAAAGCUAUCACCGAUGUGAAAGAUGCAAAGGAUAAAACAAUUUCUGCAAUGAAAGACAAGAAAGAUAAAAUUGUGGAAAAAGUAUCAAAAGAUGCUCAGAAAGUUGCUGACACAACAAAAGCAGCUGAUGAGAAAGUAGCAGCGGAAAUAAAAAAAGUUGGUGAAAAGAUAGAAGAAACCACGGCGGAUGUUGUGCAAGCUGUCAAGGACACUAAAGAUGUAGCAGUUAAAGAAGUGGAGGAAGAUUCAAAAUUAGUGAAAGAAAAAUUGGCUGCAGCUGCCGAAACUACUGCAGAAACUGCAGACAGUGCAAAGGAAAAAGUGACGAAAGAAACAAAGAAAGUUAAAGAUAAAACCACUGGCUUCUUUUCUGGUAUCUUCAAAGGUGCGAAACACGCCGUAGAAGAUGCAGCUGACGAUGUUAAAGAGUUUAUGGAUGAGACUAAAAAGGAAGUUGCGCUGGAAGAAGAACGUAUCAAGGAAAAAGCUGCUGCGAGUGUGAAAGACCUGAAAGACAAGAAAGAUACUGUCGUCAGUGAAGUACAAGAAGCUGUAGAUAAAGCGAAAGAUGCAAAAGAUCAAACAGUCUCUGUAAUAAAAGAUAAAAAGGAUAAAGUUGUCAAGCAAGUAUCAAAAGAUGCUCAUAAAGUUGCCGAUACUACGAAAGCAGCUGGGGAGAAAGUAACAGCAGAAACAAAGAAGAUUGGUGAAAAAAUAGGAGAUACCGCGGCAGAAGUUGCACAAGCUGCCAAAGAUACUAAAGAUGCAGCAGUUAAAGAGAUAAAGGAUGAUACAAAAAUAGCGAAAGAAAAAUUAGCUUCAGGUGCUGAUGCUGCUGCAGAAUCUAUCGAUAGUGCAAAGGAAAAAGCAACGAAAGAAACGAAGAAAGCUAAAGAAAAGACAGCUGGUUUCUUCUCAGGUAUCUUCAAAGGUGCGAAACACGCUGCGGAAGAUGUAUCCGAUGACGUCAAGGGAUUUUUGGAUGACACGAAAAGAGAAGCUUCUUUAGAAAAGGAACGUGCUAAGGAAGAAGUUGCCGCAGAUCUCAAGGAUUUAAAGGAUAGAAAAGAUGCUGUCGUUACAGGAAUUCAAGAAGCUACAGAGAAAGCUAUUUCCGAUGCAAAAGAUGCGAAGGAUAAAACAGUCGCUGCCAUGAAGGACAAGAAAGAUAAAAUUGUAGAGGAAGUUUCUAAAGAUGCGCAGAAGAUUGCUGACACCACGAAAGCAGCCGGCGAGAAAGUAGUAACGGAAACGAAGAAGGUCGGUGAGAAGAUAGAAGAAACCACGACGGAUAUUGCGCAAGCUGCUAGGGACACUAAAGAUGCAGCGGUUAAAGAGACAAAGGAAGACACAAAAUUAGUGAAAGAACAAUUGGCAGCAGGAGCUGAUGCUGCGGCAGAAGCUGUGGAUAGUACAAAAGAUAAAGCGACAAAACAAGCAAAGAAAGCUAAGGAAAAAACAACUGGUUUCUUCUCCGGAAUCUUCAAAGGUGCGAAACACGCUGUAGAAGACGCAUCAGAUGAUGUUAAAGAAUUUCUAGAUGAAACAAAACAUGAUGCAGAGUUGGAAAAAGUCCGCGCUAAAGAAGCAGCAGCUGCCGGAUUGAAGGAAUUGGAGCAUAAGAAGGAUGCUGUUGUCAGCGGCGUAAAAGACACAGCAGAUCGAGCUGUCACUGAAGUAAAAGAUGCCAAGGAUAGGACUGUCGCCACAGCGAAAGAUACCAAAGAAAAAAUAACUGAGAAAGUUUCGGAAGACGUUCAGAAAGCUGCUGAUGCUGGCGAAGCUGCUAAGGACAAAGUAGCAUCAGAGAUGAAGAAAGUUGGUGAAAAAUUGGAUACAACAGCACAAGAUGUUGCGCACGGAGUUUCACAUGCAAAAGAUGCAACCAUUAAAGAAGUUAAAGAUGAUGUAAAAAUGGUGAAAGAAAAAGUGACUGCUGGAGUUGAAGCUGUGACUGAAAGUGCUGAGACUGUUAAGGAAAAAGCGGUCAAAGGUGCAAAGAAAACAAAGGAGAAAGGAUCUGGUUUUCUGUCUGGCAUAUUUAAAGGCGCCAAGCAUUCUGUGGAAAGCGCAACAGAUGAUGUCAAAGAGUUUCUAGAUGAAACGAAACGCGAGGCAGAACUGGAAGAAGCUCGUGCUAAGGAAGCAGCAACGGCUGGAUUGAAGGAAUUAGAACAUAAAAAGGAUGCGGUUGUUACUAGUGUAAAAGAUACAACUGAUCGUGUUGUUGCCGAAGUAAAAGAUGCCAAGGAUAAAACUGUUGCAGCAGCGAAAGAUACGAAAGAUAAAAUAACUGAGAAAGUUUCGGAAGAUAUUCAGAAAGUUGCUGAUGCGGGUGGAGUUGCUAAAGACAAAGUAACCUCAGAAAUGAAAGGAGCUGGAGAAAAACUGGAUUCGACAGUGCGAGCUGUUACCCAAGGAGUUGCAGAUACCAAAGAUGCAGUUGUUAAGGAAGUACAGGAUGACACAAAAAAAGUGAAAGAGAAAUUGGCAGCGGGAGUCGAAACCGUGACCGAUGGGGCUGAUGCCGCGAAAGAUAAGACAACUAAAGAAGUUAAAAAAGCUAAGGAAAAGGGAUCUGGUUUUCUAUCGGGUAUAUUUAAAGGUACAAAACACGCUGUAGAUGAUGUCACUGACGACGUCAAAGAAUUUUUGGAUGAAACGAAAAAGGAAGCUUUAUUAGAACAAGACCAUGCCAAAGAAAAAGCAGCCGCGGGUCUCAAAGACUUGAAAGACAAGAAAGACGCUACAGUCACCGGAGUCCAGGAAGUUAUAGAUAAAACUAUAGCUGACGUGAAAGAUGCAAAGGAUAAAACAGUUUCUGCCAUAAAAGAUCAAAAGGAUAAAAUUACUGAUGACGCUUCCAAAGAUGCUCAAAAGAUUACUGACACCACGAAAGCAACUGGUAAAAAAUUCGUAUCGGAGACAAAGAAGAUUGGCGAAAAAAUAGAAACAACCGCGGUAGAUGUUGCGCAAGAUAUUAAAGAUGAUAAAGAUAAGGUGGUUAAAAGUGCGAAAAAAGCUAAAGAAAAGGGAUCUGGUUUUCUAUCGGGAAUAUUUAAAGGUGCCAAACAUUCCGUUGAAAGCGCAACAGACGAUGUUAAAGAGUUUCUAGAUGAAACGAAACACGAGGCAGAACUGGAAGAAGCUCGUGCUAAAGAAGCAGUAGCGUCUGGAUUGAAGGAAUUAGAACAUAAAAAAGAUGCAGUUGUUACUGGUGUAAAAGAUGCAACUGAUCAAGUUGUUGCCGAAGUAAAAGAUGCCAAGGAUAAGACUGUUGCAGCAGCGAAAGAUACGAAAGACAAAAUAACUGAGAAAGUUUCAGAAGAUAUUCAGAAAGUUGCUGAUGCAGGUAAAGCUGCUAAAGACAAAGUAACCUCAGAAAUGAAAGAAGCUGGUGAAAAACUGGAUUCUACUGCGCGAGUUGUUGCUCAAGGAGUUGCAGAUACCAAAGAUGUCGUUGUUAAGGAAGUACAGGAUGAUACGAAAAAGGUAAAAGAGAAAUUGGCAGCGGGAGUCGAAACCGUGACCGAUGAUACUGGAGCAGCUAAGGCUAAGGCAACUAAAGAAGCAAAGAAAGCUAAAGAAAAGGGAUCCGGUUUUCUCUCAGGAAUUGUUAAAGGCGCAAAACACGCUGUCGGGAGUGCAAAGGACGAUGUUAAGGAAUUUCUGGACGAGACGAAAUAUGAGGCAAAAUUGGAAGAAGCUCGUGCUAAAGAAACUACUGCGGCUAGUUUGAAGAAAUUGGAACACAAGAAAGAUGCUGUUGUCGAUAGUGCAAUGGACGUUAAGAAAGAAUUGGCAGCUGAUGUCAAGGAGGCUAAAGAUAAAAUUUCCGAGACAGUAGUUCAAGCAGCAGACACCACGAAGAUCGCAGUUGAUAAGCUGGCGACUGAAACGAAGAAAGUCGGUGAGAAAAUAGAAUCCAAAGCCACGGAUAUUACACAUGGUAUAAAGGAUGCCAGAAGAAGUGUCGAUAAAGAAAUAAAAGAACACGCUGACGGCGCCAAAGCGGCCAAGGACAAACUUGUGAAAGACGCCAAACAUGCGAAAGACCAGAGUUCAGAUGUCCUGUCUGGAGCUAUUCACGAUGUGAAACAGACAGGAAAGAAAGUUUCUGACGAUGUGAAGGACUUUCUGGAAACAACCAGGCAGGAAGCAGCUGCUGAUGAAGCGCUUGCUAAAGAGGCCGCGGCGACAAGAUUGAAAGAACUUGGACAAGCGAAGGGUAAAGCCGUUGGUGAGAUUAAAACCGCUACAGAUAAAACUGCAAAGAGCGCGAAGGACGUCAAAGAAAAGAGCCUUUCCAGCAUAAAAGGUGCGAAGAGCAAAACGAUCUCCACUGUAAAAGCAGCGGGAAGCAAGAUAGGGCAUAGUGUGUCGCAAGCUGGCGAGAAAGUUAAGUCCGCCGGUCAAGAUGUGACGCAAAAGACUAAACGCACCAAAGACGCUGUUGUGGGCGAAGCGAAGGAAGACGCACGAGCGGUCAAAGGGAAGCUAGCAGUUGGCGCGGGUGCAGUCGCCAGUACAGCGGAGACUGCAAAGGACAAAACUGCGAAGGAAGCUACAAAGGUCAAGCAAAAAGCAGGCGGUUUUCUAUCAGGCGUGGUGAAGACCGCCAAGCAUGCGGUAGAAGACGUGACGGAUGACAUGAAGGAGUUCCUGGAAGAGACCAAGCAGGAGGCAACCGCGGAGGAAGCUCGCGCUAAGAGCGAUCUCGCUCAAGCAAAAGAUAAAUCUAAAUCGACAGCAGACGCGAAGACCAAAUCUGUCGACGCCGUUAAAGCCGCAAGGAAGAGCGUCACUCCCCCGAAGGCGACAAAAUUACCAGCGGACACAAAAACCGCGGAUAAAGCUUCGCCUGUCACUAAGAGGACAGGCAAAGUUACAGAAACGUCAGUGGAAACGAAAAGAGCCGGUGAUAGAGUAGGAACAAGACGCACAAGUGAGAGUCCUAAGGGGGUAGUCCGUAAGUCCGAGGUAGCUGGCAGGCCGGAAACGUCCGGUGGCGUCGAGCAUUUAACCGAGACAGUUAGCGUUAAGAAAGUAUCUCGCAUUCCACAGAAAAAGGUUAGUCCGGGUAAGGAGGCGGCCGCGGACGAUUCGAACAAUUCGCGUAGAGUAGGGACAGUAGUAGAGACAGUAAGCAGGGUAGGGCACCCCGAGCCUCGCACACGGCACUCCGUCACCACAAUCGUGACAAAGUCUGUGCGAACGACCCCACCGCCACCCAGUUCACUCGCCGAGUUCACUGACAGUAGAACCGAAGACGUGACCAAAGAGGCUGCACGACGGGCACAGAACCUGGCGGACCAGGCACUCACCUCGACGAAAGCAGGGCAUGAUUCGGCUGAGAUUGAUGGGACUGUAGAGAGGCAUGCUACUUCUGCUCCAUCAAAACAACCUGUUCCCGCCCCGCGUCACUCCACCACCAAGCCGUCUACUAAACCCGAGUUCCAUCUGGAGCUCAGUGAUGCCUCACGAACACGUAAAACGAUCAAGCAGCCGCCCAAACCAACGCAGGAGGCCCAGUCACCGAGCAAGAGCAAGAUACCCGUUAAAGUCGACACUCACGAGCCUAAAUUGGGCGAUGAUCCCGUAUCCGUCCCGUUAGAGUCCUCGGAAGACCGUAUCACCGCUCCACAAGCAGUUUCGCGAACCAUCAAAUACACCAAAGAAUACGCGGUUGGGGAGUUAUCCAAAGAGACGGUGGAACAGAAGAGAAGAGUAUCACCAAGCGAUGCGAUCCAGACGGUCAAAGCGGAUGACCUGACUGAGACUACCAUAAGCAGCAGAAUAGAGAUAACUCCCUCGGUAGAGCACAUACAACGAACAACCACUACAAUGGUGACCAGCGAUCCGUCGAUCGAUCCUGGGAAACUAGAGGAGCUCUUGAAGACGGGCGGUAUCGUAGAGACGGUGAGGACCGUGACUCUGACGUCGGACAAUGAUGUUUUGCAACCCGUAACGCGCGAGGAGGUUGUCAAGAGGGUAAGCCAGGUCGCUAGCGCGCUACCAAGUGAAAUCUUCGAUUUCGGCGACAAGGACUCUUCUAGCACUACGAUAAGAACCGACAGAUCAGAGUCCGAUGGUGUCGUCCAAACGGUCACGACUGUACAGCGCAUGACGACGGAGAUGCCGGAGAUCGAGAGAACCGAGAAGGUAGUGAGAACGGUAAUCUCCAGCAGCGGCAGCGGCUACGGGGACGCGGAAUCCGCUCUGAGAAGUCUCCAGGAGCAAUUAACGAGAUCCGAGAUCGGGGAGACCGCCUCUUGGACAGCGGCGAACGAACAGUGGGAGGCGCAGUAUUCCCAAGACACGUCGCCCGGUUCCGGGAACGGCGGCGGCGUUGACACAUAUGCCAGCAACAACAACAACAACAACAAUAACAACAACAAGAACGAUGGUAGUUCGAGGCACGAUAUGCACAGCGACACCGAUAGUGACGGUUCGCCGCAACCUAGAAGAAGAUCUCCGAGCAAGAGGCGUACGUUGGGCAGUUCCAGCGGGUCGGAUGUAGCACUGCACGAAGGUGCGGAGCUGUCCCCGUUGGAGGACGACCAAGAAUCUGACUUUUUGCAACAUAGCGAGCCAUCCUUCAUGGAAACGACAACGAUCGAGGUGGAUCCUGUCACGCAGGAAAGCUUAACGACGACCACACGAACGGAAACGAGGACGAUAUCGUCCGUGGCAGCCGGCGGCACGGACGACUUGCGGGAAUCGAUGCAGAAAAUCAUGGACACGUUCAUGACGGAGGAGAAGAAGGAUCAUUAGAAGUAACGCACGCGUCUCCACCCUUCGAUGAGAAGAGAGAAGAAGAAAUCGAUCCCCUCGUCGAUUCUUGGAUCCUUCACUGAGGGAGGCAUCUCGAUGGAUCUCGGACUCGACUCGACGCGUCCUCGGGUGUCGAGCGACGAGUUCAUAUCCUUGCAGGAUCCUCGACUUGUAGGACCGGAGAUACGCUCCCUCGGAGUGCUGCCUCUUUUAAGCCACACAAAAGCAUGCACGAUGAUUUACUAUCACGCUCAUGGCCUACGCUUCGAGUUUGCUUGCCUUUCCGUUCCGCUCGGUUGCCUUACCUCUUUACGUUCGUCGGAAUCUCGCGAUCGAUGAUGAUGAAGAUGAUGACAAUGUAUCUGCGUAUGUCGUUGCUAGUCCGACUAGCCGAUCCGCGCUAGUCUUCACUAUGCCAACCCGUCCAUGUAUAUGCAACGCCUUUCUCGCGUUGUCUGAAGAUAUGAUGCGAAAUGGAAAGGAAGGAAAGUACCAGGCGGAGACGAUGGGGUGUGCUGAGAAGGCAGAGACGCGAUAAAGGCGAGAACGCGACAGAUAAGAUCGAACGAGCGAUCUGCCGACAUCGUCGGCGAUCGUCUAGAUAGUAAGAUUCUCGCGAGAAUAGCCCGUUUAAGCUUUAGGAUGGUUAUACAUCUCUAUCCGCGCAGUAUAUCGCUUGAUAGAUCGGCAAUACAUAUGAAUAUAAAUAUAUAUUCUUCAUUAACACUUUCGGCGAUGGACAAUUGACGAAGAAACACGGGAAUAAGGGACUUUCUUGUUGUUACUCGACUCAAGUCGCAAGUUUAAGCACAAUAAAAGAAAAAAGAAACGACGAGCCGCGAAAGAUGCCGGACUAUCGCGCGUACCGGCCGUGUUGAUUUGAUUAACAGUGAGAAAUGUUUUUAUGCAUCGGAACACAUAAUGUAUAAAUUUAACUUGUUUAAAGGAUAUUUCCUAACAGUUUUUAAUUGUAUAUAUGAUAAUUUCUUAGCAUAUAACUUAUAUAUAAUAUAUAUAUACACAUAUAUAUAUAAAUGUACUAUGGACACGAUUGUAAUAAUUGUAAGACGCUAACAGGAGUAUUUUAUUUAUAUAGCGAGCCCUUGGAUAAAUGUUACACGCUCGUUAAUUUGUAAGCUCGAUACAAUUAUACUGUCGACGUUGUCAUCUACGUGAACCAGUGUAAACUAAAAUAGCAGCUAACGACACGCGACAAUGUAGAGAUUAUGUUGUCUGAAAUCCGGGCGAUAUGCGAAUUCGUUUUAAUAUCUAAGCCGAUGUUAGCUUUCAGUGUACGGCACAAGUUUAAUGAGCGCCGGAGAGGAGGAUGGAAAAUCACUAUAAUAUAUAAAUAUAUUUAAAAAAAAAAGCAAAAUUUAAAUAAGCUAUUCUAUUAAUGUAUAAUAUAUUGAAAGAUAUAAUGAUUAUGCUAUCUGAAGUUUAUAAAUUAUUAUCUAUAAUGACUGUUAUACUACGUUUAAUAGACUUGCCUAGAGCCUAUCUGACCUAAGGACCAAAGGCACAAUCACACGCGCAUCAAAAUAAAAUAAUAUGCUCCCAUGUAUUGUCGUAUACAUUUAGUAUAUAAUCCAAUAUGAAUACUGCGACGCUGGUACCUCAGCGCUAUCAACGGUGUGGCGUGAUUUAUCUCACGAGGGGAUAUUUUAUACUCAUUGUACCUCUUUGCGCAUAUGAAACGCAGUUAUACUGGCGAUACGUUCUACGCUUGUAUUGUUUUACGCUACCGACAUACAUAACAAGAAACGUAUGUUCUACUGAACGCAUGUAAUAUCGGCGUCACGUAUUAUCGUUGGAGCAUUGACGUGCCAGUGCCGAGCCGAUGCUUUAUAUCUCACAUACUUUUGUACAAGUUAAUUUUCAUAGACAACGUAACACGUCAGGCAGUCAAACAUAUUCCCCCCCUAUACUAAUUACAUGUCCCUCCUCAAUGCUAUAAUGGCAUUAAGCUAUCAUUACAAUGGCAUCGCAUGGCGUCAAGGUAUCAAAAAAAAAACGAGAGACUAUAAUUUACUAUAUACUAUUGUGUGAUAGACCUAUCAGCGGCAUAAUAAAUAAAAUGUUGCAUCAGAA